UGUCACAACAAACUUGGUGAAUUUUGGGGUCUCAAUAUUUGUGAGAACAUGGCUAAUUUGCGUGGAAAACUAGAGGCUGAAGUCGAGCUGAAAUCACCAGCUGGCAAAUUCUUCAAGAUUUGGAGGAGCGAAACCCACAAAUUGCCAACCGCCACCUCCAAAAACAUUCAAGGAGUCAAAGUUCAUGAAGGUGACUGGGAUCAGCACGGAGCUAUCAAGAUUUGGAAUUACACCGUUGAAGGGAAAUCGGAAGUGUUCAAAGAGAAGGUUGAGUUCGAUGAUGACAACAUGUCGUUCACCCUGCAUGGCGUCGAGGGCGAUGUCUUUGACGCGUGGAAGGUCUUCAAGCCAGCGUGCAAAGUCAUCCCAAAGGAGCAAGGCAGUGUGGCUAAGCUGAGCAUCGAGUACGAAAAGUACAAGGAGAGCGACCCUAACCCUGACAAGUACAUGGCCUUCUUCAUCGACAUGACCAAGGACAUCGAAGCUCACGUUUUAAGCGCAUGAAGGAAAA